AUGAAAUUGAAUCUGACAAUAGUGAUUUUGUUUUUCGGCUUGGGAACUUCUUCAUGUUCUAUAAGCGUCGAAAAAGCUAUUUUUGAGAACUAUAGCUCUAUGAUAAAACCAAGGAAAAAUAAUAGCGAGGCAGUGCAUGUAAGUUUCUAUUUUUCUAUCAAUUCCGUACAAGAAGUUGAAGAACGUUUGCAGUAUAUAUCUUUUUUUGGCUGGUGCAAUAUUCAGUGGUAUGAUGAAUUUCUAAUUUGGAACAAGACUCAAGAAAAUGGGCUAAAAAUGAUUACAGUUCCUUAUGAAAAGAUCUGGACUCCGGAUUUUACCAUGUGGUAUACCGAAGAAAAUAUCCAUGGCUUAGAACCCCACCCCUUUGUAACACUGAAUUCGAAUGGUCUAGUCACCUGGUACCCUGGCGGAAAAAUCAAACUUUCGUGCGUCAUCAAAGUUUCCAAAUUUCCUUUUGAUGUGCAGUGCUGUAAAAUUAUUGUUGGUGCAUGGCAAGUUACUGACUGGGUCCAGAAACUGAUUCCAAAAUCAAGGACGUCCGAUGAUACUAAUCUCAUUUUUCAAAAUGGAGAAUGGGAGUUUAUGAAUUUUACCUAUACAGAAGUAUACCACCAAGAAUUCGAUUUAACAACAGUGGUUUACAAACUUCAUUUCAGGAGAAGAUAUCUUUACAUCGCAUUGACUAUUGUUGUUCCAAUAAUAAUACUUGCUGUUUUAAAUUCACUGACAUUUUUUGUUCCAGUUGAUUCAGGGGAGAGAAUAACUUACAGUCUAACACUUUUUCUAACAUUCACCGUUUUCUUAACCUUAUUCGAGGAAACCAUGCCACGAAAUUCUACCGACGUGCCCUACCUCACGAUAUACGUAGCAUUCCAUUUACUCCUGUGUGUUUUAAGCACAAUCAUAUCCGUUCUUUUAAAACCUAUUAUUAAACCAAUUCUUAAUCAUGAUCAGGACCCAAACUACGUUACAAGAGAAAAGGAACUGCAAUUUGAGAAUGAAAAGUGUUAUGCCAAUGAAAUUAAUCUCAAAGCCGAUGUUAAUGAAGAAGAUGACAAAUAUCAAUGUGGAUGUCCUGAGAAAAAAUCUUGUAAACAGAUGGAUUCGUUUAUGGCUUUGUUUAACAUAAUUGCUUUCUUUUUCUCAACAGUUACAUUAAUCAUCUUUUAUCAUAUUUGA